AUGGUCCGAAUCAGCGUCUUGAAUGACACUCUCAAGUCGAUGUACAACGCGGAAAAGCGUGGGAAGCGUCAGGUGCUCGUGCGCCCGGUUUCCAAGGUGGUGAUCAAGUUCUUGCAAGUGAUGCAAAAGCACGGCUACAUCAACGAAUUCGAGUUCAUUGAUGAUCACAGAGCGGGAAAGAUCGUCGUUGAGCUUAACGGACGUAUCAACAAGUGCGGCGUCAUCAGCCCGCGUUAUGAUUUGUCCCACCACGACCUUGAGGACUGGGUUGGUCGACUUUUGCCCUCUCGUUUGUUUGGUGUCAUCGUGCUCACCACGUCGUCGGGCAUCAUGGACCACGAGGAGGCCCGUCGCAAGAAGGUUGGUGGCAAGGUGCUCGGCUACUUCUACUAA